UUUUUGUGCCUAAUAAAGUGCCAUUGACUUUAUAAUCUUUUAAAAUAUAAUUCUGAAAGUUUCGAACGAAUUUCCAAACUAGUGCAUCGUCGUGUGUCUCAUAAAUCCUUAAAUUAGUAAUCUCAAUUAUGCAGACUAUUAAGUGUGUAGUUGUCGGUGACGGGGCAGUUGGUAAAACAUGUUUGCUUAUCAGCUACACCACAAACAAAUUUCCAUCAGAGUAUGUGCCUACAGUUUUUGAUAACUAUGCAGUCACUGUUAUGAUUGGAGGGGAACCUUACACAUUAGGGUUAUUUGAUACUGCAGGCCAAGAAGAUUAUGACAGACUGAGACCGCUAAGUUAUCCACAGACAGAUGUAUUCCUUGUGUGUUUUUCUGUAGUUAGUCCAUCAUCAUUUGAAAAUGUGAAAGAAAAAUGGGUCCCAGAAAUAACACAUCACUGUCAAAAGACACCCUUUUUACUUGUGGGUACUCAAGUUGACCUCAGGGACGACAACUCAACAAUAGAGAAAUUGGCAAAAAACAAACAGAAACCAAUUUCUGUAGAACAAGGUGAAAAACUAGCAAAAGAAUUGAAGGCUGUCAAAUAUGUGGAAUGUUCUGCUCUAACACAAAAGGGGUUGAAAAACGUGUUCGACGAGGCAAUUCUAGCAGCUCUGGAACCCCCAGAACCGGUAAAACGCAGAAAGUGUGCUAUCCUGUAAAAUGUAGAGCAGGAAAAAACAAAAAACUACUAACACGAGGAUCAGAUUUGUAUGCAGUUAUUUUAUAAGAAAAAAGGUAAAAAAAUGAUGAACUCUUAAGUUUGUAAAAAUAGGUCUUACAAUUAAUUAAUUAAUUGAUUAAUUUACGUACUUGAGUCGUUCCUUCUCCCUACAACAAAAAAAAAGUAAAAAAGCUGAACUGUU